AUCUUUUAGGAUACGAAAUGGAUCAAAUUUCUUCUUCCAACACUUCAUCUUCAACCUCUUCCUCGUCCUACAAUGAUCAUCUCCCGAAAUCGAUCAAAUCGACCCGUCCAUCCUACCUUAACGCCCUUCAUUCGGUCCGUAAACCGACCCACAAACCCAUCACAAAACAAUUCAUCGCACCGUUACCGCCCACCCCACCCAAAGUUUAUAACGUCAAGGCUUCCAAUUUCAAAGAAGUCGUUCGUGUCCUCACUAGCACGCCGGAAUUUCAGACUCCGCCAGUACGCCGCCUAAAAGACAUCGCUCCACCACCUCUUAUCCUCUCUAAGAUACCAAAACCAUCGUUAUUUCCCAAACCAAUACCGCCAUCAGAAGGCGGAGCAACCGUGAUCAGCCCGCUACCGGCUUUCAUUUUCUCUCCGGAUUUUCGUAGUUUCUUGAACGAAACACUUGAUUCUAGUAGGUUAUCUUCGAAGUCACCGGUGAUGGAUUAUUUCGGGGGUUUGAGUCCGUUGGGGCUAAGCUUGUCGUCUGCACCACCACGGGUUUACGAGCCAUCUUGGGUUGCACCCAUGAGUCCGUUAGGGUUCAAUAUGUCACCAUCAUCACUUUCAUGGUGUUCUUCGAUGCUUUUUAGCCCCACAACCCUUUCUGCAUUCAGUCAAAGCCCCAUCCUCUAGCUUAAUGGUGUUUUUGGUAAAUUCGGUUUUCUUUCAUGAAAAACAAUCUUAUUUCAAGAAAUUUCUUUGGUGAAAUCGUUGCACCAAAAUUGCUCGAUUUCAUCUUCAGAAGCGGACACGGUUUAAUAUAGAAAUUGUUUUCGAAAAAUCUCAAAUCCGAAGCCCCUAGUUCGCUAAAUUGUAAGAUGAUCUGCUUGUAUAUUACUGAACGUAUCCAUCGAUGUCGAUCAAUUCUUUGUCGAUCAGAUAUAUAAAUAUACAAAAGAUCGUUGAGGAAGCUUUUGAGGAUGAAGAAUUGUGAACUGUUUUCGAUUAUUUACUUGUAUUUACCUUUUUGUGC